GAAGUCCUGACGGCCACACUGGACCUAGAGGAGGUCAGGAGCCACAGGGCGGAGAUUUCCUCGCGCAACCUGGCGGCCAGCAGGGUGAACCCCUACCCACGCGUGAAAGUGGACUUUACCCUGUCGCACAGCGAGGACUUGCUGGCGCCCACCUCUGAGCCCGUUGAGUGGAGGUACCACAGUCCCGAGGAGGAGAUAAGCUUGGGACCUGCCUGCUGGCUCUGGGAUUUCUUAAGACGAAGCCGACAGGCCGGGUUCUUCCUGCCCCUCAGUGGUGGCGUGGACAGUGCGGCCACCGCCUGCCUCGUCUUCUCCAUGUGCUGCCAGGUCUGCGAGGCCGUGAGGAGUGGAAAUCAGGAAGUGCUGACUGAUGUCCGGACCAUCGUGAGCCAGGUCGACUAUAGCCCCCAGGACCCCCAGGAGCUCUGUGGCCGCAUACUGACCACUUGCUACAUGGCCAGCGAGAACUCCUCCCAGGAGACGUGCACCCGGGCCAGGGAAUUGGCACAGCAGAUCGGAAGCCAUCACAUCGGUGUCAAUAUCGACCCGGCCAUGAAGGCCGUCGUGGGCAUCUUUAGCCUGGUGACAGGGAGGAACCCUCUGUUCGCGGCUCACGGCGGAAGCAGCAGGGAAAACCUGGCGCUGCAGAACGUGCAGGCCCGAGUCAGGAUGGUCCUCGCCUACCUGUUUGCUCAGCUGAGCCUCUGGGCUCGGGGCGUACCCGGGGGGCUCCUCGUACUGGGAUCCGCCAACGUGGAUGAGAGCCUCCUGGGCUACCUGACCAAGUACGACUGCUCCAGUGCCGACAUCAACCCCAUCGGCGGGAUCAGCAAGACUGACCUGCGAGCCUUUGUCCAGUUCUGCGAGCGGCGCUUCCGGCUCCCCGCCCUGCGCAGCAUCCUGUCUGCACCGGCCACUGCAGAGCUGGAGCCCUUGGCCGACGGACAGGUGUCCCAGACCGACGAGGAGGACAUGGGGAUGACGUACACAGAGCUCUCAGUCUACGGGAGGCUCAGGAAGGUCGCCAAGCUGGGCCCCUACGGCUUGUUCUGCAAACUUGUCAGCAUGUGGAGAGACUCCUGCACCCCGCGGCAGGUAAAGGUGUGAGUGAUGCCUCCUGGGGGAGCCAGCAGGGUGCAGUCCCCUGUGCAGUGGGCAGGACACAAGAUGACCACACUCACGCCCGCGUACCACGCUGAGAACUACAGCCCCGAUGACAACAGGUUUGACCUUCGGCCUUUUCUGUACAACACCCGCUGGCCUUGGCAGUUCCGGUGGAUAGACAGGCAG